UUUGUAUGAAAUCCUCAACUUUGGACAUGUAUAGCCUAGAAUUCACAAAUGUUCAAUCUUCCCGAGCAAGAAAACGAAAAGAACAGUGCAGUCAACUAUCCAAAACGCACCGGUUUAGCAAGGAAAUGCGGAAUUUUUGUCUAGGACCAAAAGGACCAAAAGCAGAGGACUUUGUUCUCCAAUCUGCGUCCUCCGAGCUCCAACAACAACAACAACAACAACAACCGAUCCCUCACUCCGACUCCGAUUGCAUCGAUUUCUGAGCCACAGAGAUGAGUGAGGUCUUCGAAGGCUACAAACGUCAGUACUGUGAGCUCUCCGCCAACCUCUCCCGGAAAUGUAAAGCCGCCGCUCUUCUUCCUGACCAAGGGCAGAAGCAGCAGGGAUUUUCUGAGAUUAGAGCUGGAUUGGAUGAUGCUGAUGGUUUGAUUCGGAAAAUGGACCUGGAAGCAAGAAGCUUGCAGCCGGGGGCAAAGGUGGUGCUGCUUGCAAAGUUGAGGGAGUACAAAUCUGAUCUCAAUAAGUUGAAGAUGGAGAUCGAAAGAAUGCAAUUUGGGUUGCUUAUUCCCGUAUUGCCUGUGGUAGGGAAUAAUAAUCAUAGUCAGGGUAGAGGGAAUUUUGGGCGUGGUCGUUGGCAAGCUGGGCAUCAAAAUGACAGAGGUGCUGGCAUCCUUCCCCAACCUGGACCUCCGCAGAGGGGGCAUAAUUACGGCUAUGGAAAGUUCUCAAAUGGUCGUCAUGACGAACGUUUCGUUUCUGAACUAAGGCUGUCAAAGAGUGAAGAAACACUAUCAAGAAAGGUUAUUCAGAUUCAGGAACCCUGUGAACUUGCUUGCUAUAGUCGGGUAGAAGGUGGAGAUGUCAACUUUGAUGAGAGCAGCUUGAGGCUUUUCAAGCGGCUUAUUACUGAAGACAUUGGAGCCGAUCUUAAUCAAGGCUUUGAUACUUUCAUAGCAAAGAAAGAUUUGGGCUCUCAAGGUUUUGGUGACCUUCUUGCCUGCAUCAGAGACAAGAAUAUUCCACUUCAAAAUAUUCAUUUUGUGACUUUUCGCAACAAUCUCAAUAAGAUAUUGGCCACUGCUUAUAUUCGGCAUGAGCCUUGGGAAAUGGGAGUGCAUAAAAGGAAUGGGGUUGUCUAUCUUGAUGUACAUCAACUUCCGGAAAGGCCACAAAAUGAGAUGGAUCGUCGAAUGUGUUACUGGGGAUACUGUUUUGAGAGUCUUGCCACUGAAGAUGCAGGAAGAGGUGAUGGAGAGUUGAUACAUCACGUCGAUGCCAAUAUUGAAUACUGUUCAGUGAUCAAAACCAAUUUAGGGGAUCAUCAUAUUCUGAUGGGCGCUGAAAUGGAUUGCUGCGAUUCAACUGAUGAUGGAAGGAGAUUUUACGUGGAGUUAAAGACAAGUCGUGAGUUGGAGUACCAUACUGAGGAAAGAUAUGAGAGAGUGAAGCUCCUCAAAUUUUGGAUUCAAUCAUUCUUAGCAGGCGUUCCCUAUAUUGUAAUUGGUUUUAGGGAUGAUUCAGGUCGACUUGUCCGCACAGAGAGACUAAGAACCAAAGAUAUAACACAGAGAGUGAAAACGAAGAACUACUGGCAGGGAGGAGUUUGCUUGGCAUUUGCUGAUGAGGUAUUAUGCUGGCUGUAUGGAACAGUUAAAGAGAAUGAAGAUUACAUAUUGCAGUUUGCUCCUCCUUUCCAGCGUUUGGAGCUUCUACAAGCGCAAUCUUGCCCAGAGGCAAUCACUAACCACGUUGAGCAGUUGUAGAAUUUAAUGACGCCGUCAAUUGUAGGUGAAGCACGCAGAAGUGGGGUGAAGCACAGACAGAAUUUGACUGUUUUUCCUUUCCUCUGCGUCGUUUCGGCUUCUUCUUCAUACUAGUUGUAAUUUGUGAGGCACAAAACUGACAGUCAUCUUAUGAAUAGCUACCGCAAAAUGCCCGUUACAUAGAUGACCUUUUUUUGUUC